AUGUCCAAGGAACUCGUGGAGUCUUCUAUGUAUGUGGCUUCUUCGCGCAAAUUGUGGUUAGAAUUGGAGGCUCGGUUUGGAGAAAGCAAUAAACCCAUGAAGUAUCAGUUGCAGAGGGAAAUUGGGCAAGUUACACAAGGAAAUAUGAGUAUUACAGAGUACAACACCAAGUUGAAACACCUUUGGGAUGAGCUAUUGUGUCUUGCUCCCACACCAAAGUGCGUAUGUGCUGGUUGUACAUGCGAUGUUAACAAGGCUCUGGCAGAAAUGACAGCUUCUAAUCAACUAAUCCAGUUCUUAGUGGGAUUAAAUUCAGUUUAUGAACAAGCACGCAGCCAAAUACCAUUACUGGAUCCAUUGCCUUCAGUCACCAAGGCUUUUUCGAUGCUUAUUCGAAUUGAAAAACAGAUGCAAGUUAGCAUUAGUAGCAUGGAGCCAACCAAUGGUGCUGCAUUUCAGUUGAAAGCCCAAGGCUAUAGGAAGAAAACAGUGAUGGACAAAAGGCAGCAGGUGGCCACUCUAGAGACCCAUGUUUCAAAUUAUACGGCACUCCAGAUUGGUACAAAGAAAUGGCUGAGUUAA